AUCGUCAUUGUGAAGAUAAAAAGGCCGCAGUGCCCCCGUGUUCAGAAGAGGGGACAGAGACUUUUGCAGUUAUCUACUCGCUUGCUAGCUUUUGUCUUUGAGAGAAAUCUUGACAUCUUGAUAUCUUGAUAUUUACUAUAACAACCUCUUUUAUUUCGAUAAUCUAUGGGCUGGAAUACUCAUGCGUCGGGCACCAAUGAUCCGCCUGAGGUGCGGAACUGGCGAAUCCACCUGAUUGCCACGGUGGCUAGCAUGUCCGCCCUCGCCAUCGGAUAUGAUACUUCUGUUAUUGGAGGUACCAUGGCAUUGACCUCUUUCAUGAGGGACUUUGGCCUCGACCUCGUCGAAAAGACCCAGCGCGACACCAUCCAGGGAAACAUCGUCUCCACCUUCCAGGCUGGCUGUUUCUUCGGUGCUCUGUGCACCUUCCCCAUCGCUGAGAAAUGGGGUCGUAGAAAGACCAUCAUGGGCGCAGCCCUAGUCUUCCUCCUCGGCGGCGCCCUCAUGACCGCCGCAAACGGCAACCUCAACAUGAUCUACGGCGGAAGAGCCGUAGCUGGUCUCGGCCUCGGAGCGUCCUCCCUCACUGUCCCCGUGUACAUCAGUGAAACAGCUCCGCCGUCCAUCAGAGGUCGUCUUGUCGGUAUUUUCGAAAUCGCCUCGCAGGGCGGUGGUAUGCUUGGCUUCUGGAUCAACUACGCUACUGACCGCACCAUCGACGUUAACACCAAGACCCAGUGGAUUGUUCCGCUGGCGGUGCAGCUUCUCCCGGGUUUGGGCCUUGCGCUCGGUAUGCUCUGGUGUCCUGAGUCGCCGCGCUGGCUGGCGCGUGGUGAUCACUUUGAGGCAGCGGAGAAGAUUCUCGCUCAGAUUAGAGGUCUUCCAGCAGAGCAUGAGUAUGUCCGUCGAGAGAUGGGCGAUAUUCGUGCGCAGGUUGAGGAGCGCAGUACGAAUAAGAUGAGCAAGAAGCAGCAGUUCAAGAAGCUUUUCCAGAAGGGCGUGCGUAACCGCAUGGGUAUCGGAAUGGCUCUCAUGUUUCUGCAGAGUUUCACUGGUGUCAACAUCAUUACCUACUACGCGCCCCGUAUCUUUGAGAGUCUUGGAAUUCCUGGUACUUCACUGAAGCUCUUCUCCACUGGCUUUUAUGGUAUCUCCAAGACGCUCGGCAUGGUCCUCUUCACCUUCUGGGUCGUUGAGAAGGUCGGUCGUCGCAAGGGUCUCAUUUGGGGUGCUGCGCUCGGCUGUAUUCCCAUGUGGUAUAUCGGCGGGUACGUGAUGGAAGCCGAUCCCGCUGCAGCAGCUGCAGCUGGUGUUGUGAACCGCGAUGGCUGGGGAUACCUGGCCAUCGUGUGCGUCUACAUCAACGCCAUCAUCAUCUGUGCGACAUGGCAGGGUAUCACGUGGACUUACGCGUCCGAGAUCUUCCCCCUCGACAUUCGCAUGCUCUGCGUAGCCAUCACCACAGCCGACACAUGGCUCGGAUCAUUCAUCAUCGCGCGCUCAACGCCCUACAUGAUUUCAGACUUGGGCUACGGCGCCUACUUCUUCUUCAGCUCAAUUCUCGUAUGCAUGGGAAUCUGGGCGACGUUCUUCGUCCCCGAAACAAAAGGCAUUACCCUCGAAGACAUGGACGCGCUAUUCGCCAAACCCGUGUACAAAACGGUCUGGGCACAGAUGCGCGGCAAACCGGUCCUAGAAGAAAAUCGCUCCGAGUCUCCAUUCGAAGACGACGAGAAGGCCCAUGAGCUAAGAAUACCUUAGCUUCCUCGCUCUGCCGGGGUUUUCUUUUGCAGCAUUAGAUAAACAAAUGAGAGGGCUUAUCGGCUGCAACCUUGCGUCCCCCCCCGGUGAAACUGCUGCGCCGUGAAUGGGUGGUAUGAUUCUGACUGCCGUUCCAGAAGGGGACGUUCUGUCCGAAAGGUAAAAAUUCGUGCGGGUGCGAUUUUUUUUAAGUGAUGACAGCAGGGCCCUUCCAUGUCUCCGAUCCGCUACGGCGAUUUCUUAUUUUGACCGCGACUCUUCUCUCCUCUCUGUCCUUAUUAUUACCGUGUCGCUCACAACGGCGAAUGCCAUUCUCACUGUGCUUUUUUACCCCGCAAAGCUUCCCCAGACUCUGACGUAGAUUAUUCCCAAGUUUGGGAUUUCCGUUUGUCAUAGCGACAUUUGGCCCUUUUGCUAGUGUUACAGUAAGUGGCUGUCUACGUGCGGCCGACCAGCUGUUUGCCAAGAACUGGGAGAUUCACUGAGAGGCGAUGUUAUUGGUUUGCGGCGUUGGGGAUAACCGCGGGACAUUCCCCUUUGGGUUUUAAUUUGGGCUUUUGUUCGAUUCUUGGUUUUUUAUCACUGCCAAGACUAUUCGGCUGUCUUGGCGCUGAGGAGAAGGGUUGUUGUUGGACGGUAGGGUCGGCUUGUGAGAGAUUGCGGUGGUAAUCUUACGGGUUUGGAGUUGGCCAAGAGAUAAGGGCGAUUGGAGAUUGAGGAUGGAAUGAUCUUUGGUUCUGGUCUGUUGCAAUUGGGAGAAUGCAUGCAGGCGUGGCGAUGAACUGAGACUGUCUUUAGGAGUGUUUGUCCUGACUCAAGUCCCAACCAACAUAAUACGCUCUAAUUUAAACAUCAACGGCCCCAGUUGCUGCGUCAACUUUAACAAUACUUAACGUAAUAAAUUCCACUUUCCCCGAUCCCAUCCCCGGAUUUUCACGGCUCAAUCUGAACGACCCAAUCUCAAUGAGGAUGGAGAUAAUGCAUCUCGGCACAAUUGGCUGACCUUCCGAGGCAAAAGCCAGGUACCCAAGCCACCAACCUAAACGUUAGCUGAUGAUUGGGAAUAACC